ACACGAGAGAAUCAAUUACCACACCUCUCACUCAUUUUGUUCCUUAAUCCUUCCGAAAAACCAACCAUGAUCAAAAUCCCAAACCUUAAAAUCCCCGAAUGGGACACAACACAAUGUUCCAACCGUUUCAUUUCAAACGACACAAACACAAACAUUUUUACUACCGAAGAUUUUGAUUUACCAAUCCAUGUUUUCUCCACAGACCAAUUUCGAAUGUUUGAAUUCAAAGUGAGAAAAUGCCAACGUGGCAGAUCACAUGACUGGACAGAAUGUCCAUACUCUCAUCCCGGUGAGAAAGCUCGCCGGAGAGACCCACAAAAAUACAAUUACUCCGGCAAUCCAUGCCCGGAGUUUCGCAAAUUAGGAAACUGCACCAAAGGUGAUUCAUGCUACUUUGCUCAUGGUGUUUUUGAGUGUUGGCUUCACCCUUCUCGUUACAGAACUCAGCUUUGUAAUGACGGUACCGCUUGUCGCCGGCGAGUUUGUUUCUUUGCUCAUACUAUUAAUCAACUUCGUAUCUCCACAAAAGCUUCACCAGAAUCAUUUGUUUCAUCUCCUACUUCAGUUCUUGAUUCUCCUCCGGGGAAAUCUCGACAUAGUGUUGUUCCGGUGAACGUGCAGGAAUUAGUUGGGUUCAUGCAGGAAACCCGGGUUGAUGAUCCGGGUCGGGUUUUACAGAUGGGUUGUGUAUUCGGGUCUCCGCGAGGUGGGUUUUUGAGUCUUCCAUCAACCUCUGAAGGGGUUAUUAUGGAGAGGGUUGAAUCAGGAAGAGAUCUUAGAGCUAAAAUCUAUGCAAAAUUCAGUAGAAUGAAUUCCAAUUCCAACGAUGGUGUUGUUUCGGUCCCUGUUCCUGAUAUUGGAUGGGUUUCAGAACUUGUUAACUGAAUCUGGAAUGGAAGAGUUGAAUAGUUAAUUUUGUUACUGUGUUGAAGAUUGGCUAUCAUUUGAUUGUGUUCAUCACUUUCAUUGUUUUGUUCCUUACUGUAACCUGUAUUCUUGUCUUCAUUUUUUGUUUUGUUGGAUGUCUAUAGGUCAUCAGAAGAAACUUGAAGAAUGAUGUAGGAGUUUUUUUUUCCUUAAAAAAUGAUGUGAGAUUUUUAUUUUUUUA